UUUUGCAGAUUAGUGUGUAAUUCGCACAAGAUUCAAGCUAGGUACGUAGAGAAGUUGAGCUGUUAUAGCUGAUCUAUAGAGCCACUUGACAAGAUGAUGGAGGUACCUACCGAGCUGCGCCAUCUCAAGGACUUUCCAGCCUACAAUGCGAGCUUUCAAGAUGGUCCCAACUUCAGACAAAGCCUGUCUCACUGGGCCCUGAGGACAGAGAAGCUUGCCAAUGCUUUCACUAGUCUGUCAGAUACGUGCCAGCGAUUUCAUGAGAGCGGAGUGGAACACUACAAGUCUGCUUCUAAGAUGGUGUCCUGUGUACAGAGCAUCGGUGGACUGUGCAACAACAGCCUAGGACAGUCGGUGUCUGGCCCCAUGCAGAAGAUCUGUGAGAGUCUGACUAACUUGUGGUGCUACCAUGAAGUAUUCCUGGGGCAGACUCAGAUGCUCAGCAUUGGCCCCAUCAGAGAACUAGCUGCCACCUUCUGCAACCUCAAGAAACUGUAUGAAGAGUUGCUCCAUUAUCGUGAAGAGUAUCGCACGGCUGCAGAGAAGCUCUGCUCUUGUCGACAUAUGUCCAGGCUUCCCGAUAAAACAACAUUUGCAGCCAUUACUGAGAGUUGCUAUAAUGCUGAGAAGACGUACCGACUUAUUUUGUCCAAGUACCUCACUCUACUCAGACAAGCGCACACCAAGGACAUAAUGGUGUUUGUGAGACGGUUCAUGGAACAUGUGUUCAGCCUGUUUGCCUAUCACACGAAUGCAGCCACCAUGCUUCGUAAUCUGGAACCAGAAGUGAACGACUUCUUCACUCAGAGCAAAGACUGGCAGAGGUUUUACGAAGAAGAGCUCUCUCUCUGGUCCAAACUGCAUCACAGUGUUCAACGUCACAUCAUGGCAGAGUUUCAACUCAAUGUGGGACUAAUACCACUCCCAGAGGGAAACACCAAGCCACACAAAUUGAGGAAAUUCCCAUCCAAUCCAAGCAAAAAAGAAAUGAAGUCCAUUGUGAUAUCGGCCCCGAUCGAGGCUGACCCCUCCGGUAGUCCUCUACGAAAGUUCUCUGAGAGCAAACCACCACCCCACAACGGUCAUCCUGUCACGCCCAUCAAGAAACCAGAGAAACGCCCUCUCGGUCGCACACAAAGCUCCCCCCUAGUUGACCCCGAGGAUGUUCUACUCAAAAGCUCUGAAGCGGAUCUUGGCAGUUCAUGUGAGAUUCUAGACGAGGAUUACAGCAUUCUGGACUCCAUUGAGAUACGAAAUGCUGCUGAUCUAAUGGAGCAAGUGAUACAGAGAUCUACCAGUCAUUCAGUAAGCUCUGGCAGUCCCUCACUAUUCCAAGCUGUGAGGGGACGUCUCAUCAAGAGGCGUAAGAAAAGUCAGAACUCAGCAGAGAACCUCGCUGAUGAUCCACCAUCAGGGGAUGAAGAUCGAUCAUCCUCUAGCACACCACCCGAGGGUCAAAGUCCAAUCAUGCCACGAAAGAGCAAAAGCUCGGGACUGUUUCGUAUAGGGCGUCGUAAAGGAAAGGAUAUGAUUACUAAACUGAAGCCAUCAGCUAGUCAGCCUGAGAAGCUGGGACAAGAGUUUCCAGUGCUCAAGGAGGCAUCUCUUUCCCCUCCACCGACUGGCAAUGGUCACGAGGAUCUGUUUGAAAGGGGACAUCUACUAAGACGUGAUCGUGACCCCUCCCAUAAAGUGUCGGGCCCGCUAAUAAAAGAUCGUAAGGAGAAGCAAGCGAUGAGUUACAACCUUCAGAAGAUGGUACUCCCUCUACCAAAGGCCUGGACCAGGUGUGGCUAUCUGUGGCUGAGGAUGAAACUGCCUAACAACAUCUAUGCCUGGACCUACAUAUAUUGCGUGGUGGACAAGGAUCGUGGUGAACUCAUGAUACAAGAACAGAGUCUACCACAACCUCGUAAACUAGAGAACCUGAUGUUAUGCAACACAAGAGCCUGCAAACCUGACUUCAUUGACAGGAACUACUGCUUCAGGGUGAUCUCCCCAACCACAGAGCACUUGUUCCAGUCACUCAAUGAACAACAAAUGAACAUGUGGGUGAGUGCUCUACAGGAGACAACAGAAGAGGCUCUCAAAAGAACAGAUCAUCGACCGUCUCGUUCUGACCUCAUCAACUCUACCAACAGUGUCGACACUAUGGAUUUGGUCCCACACGCCAUGAAGGAGAUACGUAAGAUACAAGGGAACAAGGAUUGUGCAGAUUGCUCUAGUACCAUCGAAGUUGAGUGGGCGAGUGUGAACCUUGGUAUAGUCUUGUGUAUAAAGUGCUCUGGUGUUCACCGUGGUCUCGGAGUGCAUGUCUCUAAGGUCCGCUCACUCAACCUGGACAAGUGGGAUCGCCCCACCGUCGACUUUAUGGUAUCUCAGGGCAACAAUAAGUCUAACAGUUACUACGAGGCUACUUUAGGAGACGGUCUCUUCACUGAGGACAUCAAGAGACCAUCUCACAACUCUAAGAAGGAUGUGAGAGCUUUGUUCAUACAGCAGAAGUACGUGGCGCUGGCGUUUGUGCCCGAGUGUGGAGAUAAUAGAGACACUCAACUAUAGACUAACUGUUUGUGAUCCUUGUUAGAAAUUUUAAUUGACAAUUAUUAUUAUUAAUUCUUCACAAGUUUUAUAUCAUGUUUAAAUGUUGUAUAUAUAAUUGAUAAUGUGCGAUCAA